AUGAGCGCGCGCGCUCACGUCACGCACUCAGCGAUCUCCGUCACCACGCGUCCCGCACCGCGCCGUGCCUCCCAUUCACCCGCGCCGCGCGCCACAACUGAUUCAGUGAUAAACAAACCUUACCGGUGCCUCCUUGUAGGAAAUGCUGCAAGUUUAACUUCCCGCCCGCGAACCUUGAGCUGCCUUCAUGCAUCUUUGUUUACGUACAAGACAACACAAAUGUCAGCCACCGCCGCACGAAAAACGGCGGUUUUAUCACAUUUUGGAAAAUGA